CAGUCGGACGAGAGCUACCAUAAAGCCCGGCUUGUCCUUCGGCACCGACAAGAACGCAAGCGACCUUCGGCGACCUCGAGCGUCUCAAAGCCGCCGAGCAAGGCAUCAAUUGCAAACGCUGCGGACACUGUAUUUGGUCAAAAGGUAGCACCGUUAGUUAGUGUGUCUAGUUGUGGCCAACAGUGUACCGCAUGGUGUACUUAACGGAAGCAGUAUUCAUUCGAUCUGGAACAUCACAUUACUCAAGAAGCGCUAGCUCAUACUAGGAAAGUUUACUACGAGCCUUUCUUUAGAACAGUGUUUACAGCACCCUUUCUGCAUUAGUGAAUGUAUACUUUAACAAACGCAACUCACGUUCAACGCUGUGGUGAAGAGGCGGUAACGUGAAAGGUGCUGUUCUCAGGUCGUAACUCCUAUAAAAAAAACCAUCGAAACUCGAUCAAGCAAAACACCUUCGAUAGUGAACCAAUCGUAUUGAAUUAGUGUGUGGUGAUCGUUGCCGUUUGUUUUCGAAUAUCCGUGGAGUGGUGUGUGCACUGUCAAAAUGACACUUUUCGGUCACCGUCUACGGACGGUCGGUGGAUUGGUGCUUUUAUUUCCCGUCGUAAUGUCCAUGGUGGUGAUAGAUAGUAAUUAUUAUGAUACUGAUCACUUAAAUAUUUCAACGGACGAAACGUAUGACACAACGGCGACAACGGUCGUCUACCAUCCACUCCCGGACAACACCAGCAUACACCUAACGCUGGACGAAAGGAUAGAGCUCGAAAAGGUCACCUGGCACUGGUAUCCCUGGCGGAGGAUCAACUAUGAGGUGCUGCCCGAUGGGAAAGCGGUCGAAGUGGAAUGUGAAGAGAAUUCGGCCCUAGACGAUCUACCAGAUGAUAUUUUCACGCAGGAACAACGACUGCAGGGUGCGAUCGUGUUACAUUUCGUCGGCGCGAUCUACUUCUUUACCAUUGUGGCGUACGUUUGCAGCGAAUACUUCCUGCCAUCGGUUGAGUGUAUCUGCGAGGAUUUGAAUCUGACACAGGAUGUAGCUGCCGCCACGUUCAUGGCCGUCGCCUCAACGAUGCCGGAGUUUUUCACCAACACCAUCAGCACGUUCAUUGCCGAGUCGGACAUGGGCCUGGGCACGGUAAUGGGUUCGCUACUCUUCAACACACUCGGCGUAGCAGGGCUGGCCGGUUUGGCUACAAAAGCGCCCGUCCAACUCGACUGGUGGCCGCUGACGCGCGACUCGAUCGUGUUCUCGGCGCACGUCGCCCUCCUGAUCGGGUUCGCCUGGGACGGUCGGAUCUACUGGUACGAGGCAAUGGUGUUCUUUAUCCUGUUCUUCGUCUACUUCGUGCUGAUGUUCCAGAACAAACGGCUGAUGAAGGUGGCCAAGAAGUACAUCGAGGUGAAGUGGAACUUGUGCGCGCGGGUAAUCAAGAACAUCGAGGAGGACGAACGCAUCGCGGCGGAGGCACAGAUACAGCAGAACAUCGCCACCAUUCCGAACAUGGCCCGCAAGACGCUCGACAAGCCGGCGUUCCGUGCGUCCACCGCCUCGAUUCUGUCCGAGCAGAUGGCCGAGACGAAGAUGAAGAUGGGCGAGCUGCAGCUGACCGCACGCCACGUCGUGGAAGAUCCAGGCGAGUACGACGAUAUGACGCUAUGGAAGAUCUCCUCGGAAACGUGGUAUCGGGCGGUAUGGUGGUGGUACAGCUGGCCGAUGCGUUUCAUCACCUUCUUCACCAUCCCAAACCCGGCCCGAAUCCGGCGGCUAUAUCCGCUGACGUUCAUCAUGUGUAUCGUUUAUCUGGCCGGGUGCGCUUUCAUGACGUUCUGGUUACUCUCGAUUAUCGGCUAUACGUUCGACAUCCCGGAGUCGGUGAUGGGUCUGACGUUUCUGGCGUUCGGAGGCUGCAUGCCGGAAGCCGUUUCGGCCGUGCUGGUCAUCCGCUCCGGCAGUGGAGCGAUGGGCGUCUCGAACGCAAUGGGAGCCAACUCGCUGGCGAUUCUGUUCUCGCUCGGACUUCCCUGGUUCAUCCGAACGUUGGCAGAUGGUGGCAGCGGGACCAACGCUUAUCUAGUGAUCGCCUCGUACGGCCUGCAGUACUCGAUCAUUGCGCUGUUUGGUGCGAUCUGGAUUCUGUACCUGGUGAUCUAUGUGGCGGUGUACAAACUGCGGAAAACUGUUGGAAUCGCACUGUUCCUUGCGUAUGCCAUCAUCGUCACGUUCAUGAUCCUGAACGAGCUGGACAUAAUCAUUCCUUCAGGCGAUGAGUGCUAGCCGAACAUUAACAUAACAAGGUUGUCGGCUAGCGCCAAAAUGUAGAUAUACCCCCAGUCUAGAAGCAAACAAUCACAUGCACCAGAAACUCAGCUCAGCAAAAAGACCUAAUGCUCAGAAGUUAUGUUCCUGCACAACGAAAUGCACAAUCAUAUCACUUUGUGCCUAAUUCGAUGUGUUUGAUACAUCCUAUUUCCAUCAUUAGUAGCCAUAAUGUAGUGUAAAUCUUGUGUCGACUAUGGUCUAUCCAACCCAUCGGCCUUGUUUACCAUAAUAGUACUUCCUGUAUUUGUUUGUUGAGAUAUUUGAAUUUGUCCUAUACAUACUCAAAUGGGUUGGCUUCUGCUCACGAAUUACUAAUAGCCAGAUAGUAGACUUAGCACUUGACUACGUUUUCGGGUUUUUUGUUUUCUCUUCGGUGUACAUCCUACUAAGAAACAUAGUUCGUGUUAAUUGUGAUGUACCAUGUUGUUUAUACGUUUGAUAAAAAGUAACAACAAUACAUAAACACGGUUCCGUACAGGUACGGGAUCCGGGUGAUAUUGGACAACGCGGAAAAGCUACGCGCUUUUCUCGUAUUUAUUGCAUUUAGCUAACAUAAACUACCCGCACACCAAGCACUUGAACUAGCGCGACGCUUUAAGCGUUUUGGUUGGUUUGGUAGUUUAUUAUUUCAUAAUAAAAGAAAUCUAAUACUCCGGCAGUGCCCUGCUGCCCU